AUGGCUUCGAUAGAGUCUUUGCUAAACCCACUCCCCGAGUUUCAUCGGUUUUCCAUCCCAAGCCCGUCGCUGUCAAGCUCGACGAGCACCGCGGCGUCAUCUCGGGGACCCCGCCACAAGAAACCAAAGCUUGCUAAAGAUGCCCCUAUCUUCACCAAAGGCAAUAUCAGAGGAGAACUGCGCUAUCCUCCAUGCGAGGAGAGAGAUGAAGAGCUGGCCAGAUUGCAUCGCGAAUUCCAGCUGCACCCCAUAGGCCAUAUCGCGGAUUUCCCGAGACACAUUCCGUAUAACAGUGACAAGAAAUCGUUUCAGGAGCGAACUGGACGAGAGAGUUUUGAAGUUUUCCAGUAUACGUUCAAGAUCCCCGGCCAAGAUCGGGAAUGGACAGUGAUGUGGGAUUACAACAUCGGACUUGUCCGAACGACGCAUCUAUUCAAAUGCAACAACUACUCCAAGACUACACCAGCGAAGAUGCUGAAUCUAAAUCCCGGUCUCCGGGAAAUCUGCCAUAGCAUAACAGGUGGAGCACUCGCGGCACAAGGAUACUGGAUGCCAUUCGAAGCUGCUAAAGCCGUAGCAGCAACCUUCUGCUGGAACAUCCGGCACGCACUCACUCCUCUCUUCGGAAACGACUUCCCAUCGCUGUGCAUCCACCCCCAAGACCGACGCCACUACGAGCGCUGGACCAUCGAUCCAGAAAUCGUGAAAAAAGCGACCGAAACAUCCAAAUACUACCGGAUGCUUGAGCUGCAGUCCACAUCCGUGCCUUCUCUGGACUCCACCAGUCGUCGCCCAAGCCCGCCCGAGGAAAAAAGAUUCAGAAGGCAAAUUCCUCCCAAGUCUCACUACGAAUACGCAGAUAGUGUCAGUAGCAGUGGAUACGGGUCUUCUUACUCCUCCCUUGACUUCGGGCCAGACACAUACUGCGUGUCGCCCGUGAGUCCGUACCGCAAUACCUUCACGACCGUCAACACUCCACGAAGCACAGAGGUAGUGUGCACCCGUAUCCCAUCACCACAGCACGUGCUGGCAACCAUAUCCGACAUGUCGGAGAAGGUAGUCAGCGACGAGGACUGUGGAUCCGACGUGACUGAAUCGACCAUGUACUCAGACUUCACCAGCACAGCAACAGACAGUCCAUCCAUGGACCUGGACGAUACUGAUGGGCGGGACAACGACAACAAAUCCGACGAGGAUUACCGCGAACACAACAGUAGAAGACAACAAGAGCCUCCUGUGAGCCAUUCAGGUUCAAAUCGGAACAUCGAAACCCGGUCUCGUCUUAAACCGAGAUCGGUGAUGUUCGCGCGCGAAGUCAGGGCCGCGCAUGCACUGCUCAGCUUGCACAUGCAGGAUGCCACGGCGAGUGAUGUGGAAGAUUGUCAGACUUUGUGCGAGACGAGUGGACGAAAGAGACGGAGGGCUUCUGCGUAG